GCUUCUGGGGAGAAAGUUCGAAUGACAGAGACACAAGUGCUGGUGGCUACACCUCAGAAACACUUACUUGCUGCAAGACUGAAGCUAAUCUCCGAGCUGUGGGAUGCAGGGAUCAAGGCAGAGAUGUUUUACAAGAAGGAUCCUAAACUGCUGAAACAGCUGCAGUAUUGUGAGGACAUGGGGAUCCCCCUCGCUGCCAUUGUAGGGGAGCAAGAGCUGUCAGAUGGCGUCGUCAAGCUGCGAGAUGUCGCAACAAGAGAGGAGGUUGAUGUCCCAAGACGAAAGCUCAUUGAUGAGAUCAGAAGAAGGCUGGAGCCCUAG